AUGUCCAAAAAUCGAAAAAACUUACCAGCUUCCGAAAUCGAAUCCAUCGAAUUUCCGUUGGCGUGUCCGUGUGGUGUUUCACCUGACAAGGGUGUCGAAUCCUGUCUUAGACCACCUGAUGAACAUGUUGAUGGACUACUGACGGCUAUGGGUAAUAGCGUCUGGGAGGCUCCAGCCGUCGAGUGGAGCGUCCCGCCGUUCACUAAAGGGUGA